CUCUCGUAGUCAUUUCCUAGAUUCUUCUCCGCCUUCUCUAUUUUCCUCUGCGUUUACUGCAUUCUCUCUUUGAAUUGGCCUCUUCAACUAGCUCUUGCAAUCAAUGGCUGAAGUUGAAGCCUCCAAUACCCCUUCCCUGGCUGAGCAAUAUUUACUGAAGGAUAAUGGGGAAAAAUCAGAAAUUGCUGCAAAAUCUGUGGGAGAAACUGGGGAUAAAUCCUCAGUAAAUGCUGUUGCCAAGGAAGUUGUUGCGGAAACUGAGGAAACCCCAGUUUCUGUUGACAAUGAAGUUUCCUCUGCUGCUUCUCAGGAGAGUGCCAACGACUCUGAUGGUGCUGCUGGAGAAAGCAAUGAAACCAGUCCUGUUGAUGAAGCCACUGGUGAGGUCAAUCCAGCUGCCAGUGAAGAAAGCACUGACAGUGCUGAACCCGAGGAUGCAGGUGAGCAAGAAGCUGAAGAGACUCCAGAGAUCAAGCUUGAAACAGCACCAGCUGACUAUCGUUUCCCUACGACAAAUCAAACCAGGCACUGCUUCACUCGAUAUAUUGAAUACCACAGAUGUGUUGCUGCAAAGGGUGAAGAUGCUCCCGAAUGUAACAAGUUUGCUAAAUAUUACCGUUCCAUUUGUCCGAGUGAAUGGGUAUGUUGCAUCUAUUACAUUGCUAAGAAAACAGAUUUUCUAUUUUCCUUAUUUGAAUGCAUAAUCCAGGGGAAAGUGAAGUAAGGGGAAGGAUGUGUA